CUGCUCUUACCUCACGGUGUUGAAGGCAUGUUAGACCGUGAAAUAUUACUGCUAACAUCAGCUGAAUCGGGUUUCUUUGUAGUUUUAAGUUUUGACGAGAUAGUUUGAUUUACACUUUUAUAUUAAAUAAAGAGCUACGGUGCGGGAAAGUGUGCUUUAAGUUGUUAGCUUGUUAGCAGAGUUUUGAGUUAACUUGCAAAUCAUACUGUAGCUUUUACUGAUUUGUUAAAGGAGCAGGGUGAAGACAUGGAGGCGUCAGUGGAGGACACAACAGAGAGAGCAACAAAUGCUGCUGUAAAGGGAGAAGCUUCCAUCAAACAAGAAUUUAUCACCACCAAAGAUAAAUUUCAUGGCUUUCUGGAUUCAGAAUGGCAGAACUCCAAAGGAGAGAAGGCCAGUGAAAACUGCACCCCUCUGGAGAAAAAAGAAGAUCCCUCUGUGGAAGAAGAACCUGAAUCUAAAAAACCCAAGCUGGACCCUGAAGAUGCAAAGAAAACAGAGAAAAUGGAUAAGAAAAAAUUUCGGGGACAGAACAAGUCAAGGCCGCACAAAAAGCCCACUAGUUAUGAAGAAAAGCGACUGUGUAUGUCAGUCAUUCAGAACCAAGCUGCGUGCAAGUUUGGCGACAAGUGCAUUUUUUACCACGAUGUGGCAGAGUACAUGGCCUCUAAGCCCGCUGACAUCGGGGAGCGCUGUCACCUCUACGACACAUUUGGAAAAUGCGAAUACGGGCUCGCCUGUCGCUUCGCUAAGGCCCACACUACUGCUGACUUCAAAACCAUGGAGAAGGCAGACCUGGUUAAAGCUUACGAAGGCAGAACUAUGAUGAAGAACAGCUUGAGUAAAGACCUGCAGUAUCGCCUGAGGAAGCGCUCAGUCACUUUCGAAAAGUCAGAGGAGUACCUGAAAACGCUUUGUAACAACAGAGAUAAGAAGGAACAGCAAGGGAACGGUGAUCUUUGCACAGCUGAGGUAUCUACAAACCCAACAGAAGACAAGCAGGAUGUUUCUACUGAAGAACUGCUCCCCACCAGCCCAGACAGCCAGCCUCCAGUGAAAACUAUUGGCCCACUAACAGAUGCCGAUGUUAUCAAACUGCGAUCCUGUGAAAAGAAAAAGGUUGACUUCCGGGACAAGCUCUAUCUCGCUCCUCUAACAACAUGCGGGAACCUGCCUUUCCGUCGCGUGUGCAAACGCUUUGGAGCAGACAUCACCUGUGGGGAGAUGGCCAUGUGCACAAACCUGCUGCAGGGGCAUCAGUCAGAGUGGGCCCUCCUGAAGAGGCAUGAGAGUGAAGAUCUGUUUGGUGUUCAGGUCGAAGGCUGUUUUCCAGAUACCAUGACGAGGUGUGCUGAGCUCAUCAACACCUACACUGAUGUUGAUUUUGUGGAUAUCAACUCUGGAUGCCCCAUUGAUCUUGUUUAUAAGAAGGGUGGAGGAUGUGGCUUGAUGACCAGAACCAGAAAAUUUGAACAUAUCAUUAAGGGAAUGAAUUAUGUCCUUGAUGUCCCGCUAACAGUGAAGAUCCGCACUGGUGUGCAGGAGAAGUCCAACAUUGCGCACAAACUUAUAGGAGAGAUGAAGAAUUGGGGUGUCUCCAUGAUCACGCUGCAUGGCAGAUCCAGGGAACAGCGCUACACAAAGUUAGCUGACUGGGACUAUAUCAGCACAUGUGCUAAGGUGGCCAGUCCUGUUCCAUUAUUUGGUAAUGGAGACAUUCUGUCUUAUGAGGAUGCCAUGAAAGCACGAGAGACCGGUGUUUCUGGUAUCAUGAUUGCAAGGGGGGCCCUCAUCAAGCCUUGGAUUUUCACAGAGAUAAAGGAGAGCCGGCACUGGGACAUAUCAUCCAGUGAGCGACUUGAUAUCCUGAAGGAUUUCACCAACUUUGGCCUGGAACACUGGGGUUCUGACACUCAGGGUGUGGAAAAGACCCGGAACUUCCUGCUGGAGUGGCUCUCCUUUAUGUGCAGAUAUAUUCCCGUGGGCCUGUUGGAGCGAGUGCCUCAGAAGAUAAACGAGAGGCCUCCAUAUUACAUGGGCAGGAACUACUUGGAGUCCCUGAUGGCAAGUCAGCAUGUGUUGUGA